GCCCGGGAGGACAUUUUUUGGAAGACCGGAAGUGGCCGUAGUCCCGGAAGGUGGUUUCUGGCCCGCGCUGCCGCUGUUGAGUAUUUCUGUUGUUAAUUCUUUUAAUAACAAGAAGAAGUCUUCGGGAAUGAUUCCGGUUUCUUGGUAUCUCUGUGGGGCUCCUUACAAGAUCUUCCGCCAGACUUCAGAUGACUUCAUCCACACAUCUCUGACUGAUUUCAUAGAGAACCCGUAAGCUUCUGGCUGCUGAGAGAACAGGGUCGAGACCCAGGGUGACCAUGUCAAGCAACUGCACUUCAACACCUUUGGCACCAGGGGAUCUUGGAAGUUCAUGUGAGAGACCCGUGUCCUUCAUGGAUGUGUCUAUAGAUUUCAGCAGAGACGAAUGGCAGCACCUAGACCCCCAUCAAAGAAGCCUCUACCGGGAUGUGAUGCAGGAGACCUACAGCCACCUGCGCUCAGUAGAAGAAUUGCAGCAAAUUAGUGGCCAGAAAGAGACCUGUCAGCAAAUAGAAAAUAAGUCGGCAAGUGAUGUUAUCUUCAUCAAGAAGACACUGGAUACAAAGAGUCGUUGUGGAUCUGAGGUCAUUAGAAAAAUAAUUCAUGUGAACCCAUACAUUGUUCUGCCCCCCAAAAGACCCCAUCAGUGUGACUCACUUGGGAAUGAUCUGAAGCAUAAUUUAGAAUUACAGAGUCAUAAUGAAAAUAACGGGCCAGAGAGAAUUAAAAAGAUUACUGAAUAUGAUAAAAAUUCAUCUUAUACCAAUGCUGAGCAUACUGUAACAAGAAAGGAAUUAUGGGACCAAAAUCAAUGUGGAAAAGCCCUCAGUUAUGAACAAGUACCUUAUCAAUAUCAGAAAAUUUAUGUUGGAGAGAAUUCAUAUGAAUGUGCUGAAUUUGGAAAGCUCUCCACCCAGAAGUCACAGUUCAAAGUACAUAUGAAAUCUCAUACAGGAGAAAAACUUUAUGUAUGUGUUGAAUGUGGGAAGGCAUUUUCACAAAAACCAGAAUUCAUUACACAUCAGAAAACCCAUACUAGAGAGAAACCCUAUAAAUGCAAUGACUGUGGAAAGUCCUUUUUCCAAGUCUCUUCUCUCUUCAGACAUAAGAGGUUUCACACUGGAGAAAAGCUCUAUGAAUGCAGUGAGUGUGGGAAAGGCUUCUCCUACAACUCGGACCUCAUUAUCCAUCAGAAAAUCCACACAGGAGAGAGACAUCAUGCAUGCACUGAGUGUGGCAAAGCCUUCACACAGAAGUCUACACUCAAGAUGCACCAGAAGAUCCAUACAGGAGAAAGAUCCUACAUAUGUAUCGAGUGUGGACAGGCUUUCAUCCAGAAGACACACUUGGCUGCACACCGCAGAAUUCACACCGGAGAAAAGCCAUAUGAGUGCACUAACUGUGGAAGGUCCUUCAUUUCCAAGUCACAGCUCCAGGUCCACCAGCGAACUCACACAAGAGUGAGGCCCCAUCUGUCUGCUGAGUAUGGGGAAAUCUUCAGCAGUAGUUCCAACCUCAUUGCACAUAAAAAAGCUCAAGUGAGAGAGAGAUCUUCUGUCUGCACGGAAUGUGGGAAGGCCUUUACCUACAAGUCAGAAUUAAUCAUUCACCAGAGAAUUCACACCGGAGAGAAACCUUAUCAGUGUAGUGACUGUGGAAAAGCCUUCACCCAGAAGUCAGCUCUCACAGUGCACCAAAGAAUCCAUACAGGAGAAAAAUCAUAUGUGUGCAUGAAAUGUGGGCUGGCUUUCAUCCAAAAGGCACACUUGGUUGCACACCAGAUAAUCCAUACUGGAGAAAAACCUUAUAAAUGUGGUCACUGUGGAAAACUCUUUACGUCCAGGUCCCAACUCCAUGUACACAAACGAAUUCACACAGGAGAAAAACCUUACGUGUGCAGUAAAUGUGGGAAGGCAUUCACUAACAGGUCAAAUCUCAUCACACAUCAGAAAACACAUACAGGAGAAAAAGCCUAUGUAUGUUCAAAGUGUGGAAAGGCCUUCACUCAGAGGUCAGACCUGAUGAUACACCAGAGAAUUCAUACCGGAGAGAAACCAUAUGGCUGCAGUACCUGUGGGAAAGCCUUUACCCAGAAAUCACACCUCAAUAUACACCAGAAAAUUCAUACUGGAGAGAGACAGUAUGAAUGCCAUGAAUGUGGAAAAGCCUUCAAUCAGAAAUCAAUACUGAUGGUGCAUCAGAAAAUUCAUACAGGGGAGAAACCCUACGUGUGUACUGAAUGUGGGCGAGCUUUCAUCCGCAAGUCAAACUUCAUCACUCAUCAAAGAAUUCAUACCGGGGAGAAACCUUAUGAAUGCAAUGACUGUGGGAAGUCCUUUCCUUCUAAAUCUCAGCUCCUGGUGCACCAGCCGAUCCACACAGGUGAGAAACCUUAUGUGUGUGCCGAGUGUGGGAAAGCCUUUAGUGGCAGGUCAAAUCUCAGUAAGCACCAAAAAACUCACACAGGGGAGAAACCCUACGUCUGUUCGGAAUGUGGGAAGACCUUCAGACAGAAGUCAGAGUUGAUUACACAUCAUAGAAUUCAUACUGGAGAGAAGCCUUAUGAGUGUAGUGACUGUGGGAAAUCAUUCACUAAGAAAUCACAGCUUCAAGUACAUCAGCGAAUUCAUACAGGAGAGAAGCCUUAUGUGUGUUCUGAAUGUGGGAAGGCCUUCACUGAUAGGUCCAACUUAAAUAAGCACCAAACAACACACAGUGGAGAUAAACCUUAUAAGUGUGUAGUCUGUGGAAAAGGCUUUGUUCAGAAGUCAGUGCUCAGUGUGCAUCAGAGUAUUCACACUUAAACAUUAUGAGGAAAAACUCACUGAGGUCUUGUCUUAAUGUAAUCGUUUUUUCUGUGAAAUGGGAUGCUAUGUAUAUUAUUGUAAUUAAAAAUGCCCAUGUGUCAGUGCUACACAUUACUGCUCAGAAAAGGACCCAGAGAAGGACCUUUCUACAUGCCAAGAAGAAACUGCAUCCAUUUGAUACAAUAGAAACUUUCUCAUGAAGAAAUUCAGUGGAACACUAUUACCAAGUUCUUCACAAGGACGCCUGUGUUAACCAUGUUAAUGAGAAUACUGUUGGGGUAGAUAUAGUACCAACUAAUUGAAUGAUGAAACCAUAUAAUAUGCACGAUAGCGAGUCUUUUCUCUGUCAGUUAUUUGUUGCAAACAUUAACAGACCUGUGGGUGUGUUUGCAUUCUUGGUUGAAUCUAACAUAUUUAUGCAUACCCAGUACUUCUGUUGAGAGACAUAUACUACAGGAUGGGGCAUGGCAUUUCAUGUCUCUAAUUCCAGCCUUUUGGAAGGGCAGAGGCAGGAGGGUCACCAUGACUACAAGGCUAGUCUAAGCUACAGGGUAAGACCCUAUCUCAAAAAUGAGAAAGACCACAAUAAAAACAUAUACUAACAAAAACUUCAGAGUGUAAGUGGGUUCUCAUUGUCAUUUAUACCAGGACCUGUAACCCACUUCAUAAGGUACCAGUUGUCUGUUACAGCUCUGGAGGGAAGGAUUACCCUGGCCAUCAAAAGCCAGGCUAUACCUACAGCUCAAAGGGGAAAAGUAUCCUGGCUGUUAGAAUCCAGGCUAUACCUGUAAGUGUUACAGCUCUGAAGAGAAAUGUAUCCUGGUUGUCAGAAGCAAUAUCUAUAACUUGGAAGGGAGAGGUAUCCUGGUUGUCAGAAGCAAUAUCUGUAACUCGGAAGGGAAAGGUAUCCUGGUUGUCAGAAGCAAUAUCUGUAACUCGG